UCAAAGAACACGUUCCUUGGCAUUCUAGCGCAUGAAUGAGGCCACAGAAGUCGAUCCUAGUUUCGCCAUGAAACACAUGUCGGUUCUACUUCUUCUCCUCAUUACCCUUCUUCUCGUCUUGUGCCAUUUAGCUAUACAACUUCUCUUGGUGGUUUUGGCUGGGCUUCUUCUCAAUUCUUUCGAGCGCGUCCUCGAUCAGCCCAAUGUGCUCUCGUAGUAUCCCUUCAAUUUAGUCCAGACGUGCUUCUUAUUCUUCGAGGUUGUAGGUGAUCAUCAAUUGUAGGUAGUAUGUUGCAGACCCAAUCGCUAGGACGUUGCCGGUGAGAGGUAGUAAGACCUUUCGGUUUAAGGAGCGUGUUGAGGAAG